AUGUGUCCCGGGAACUGGCUCUGGGCCUCCAUGACGUUCAUGGCCCGCUUCUCCCGGAGUAGCUCCAGGUCUCCCGUCCGCACCAGAGGGACCUUGGAGGAGAUGCCCGCUGUCCGACAUCCCUUCCUCAAUGUCUUCGAGUUAGAGAGGCUUCUCUACACGGGCAAGACAGCCUGCAACCACGCCGACGAGGUCUGGCCCGGCCUCUACCUCGGAGAUCAGGACAUAGCUAACAACCACCGUGAGCUGCGGCGCCUGGGCAUCACCCACGUCCUCAAUGCCUCACACAGCAGGUGGCGAGGCACACACGAGGCCUACGAGGGGCUGGGCAUCCGCUACCUGGGUGUCGAGGCCCAUGACUCGCCAGCCUUUGACAUGAGCAUCCACUUCCAGACAGCUGCCGACUUCAUCCAUCGGGCUCUGAGCCUGCCUGGAGGGAAGAUCCUGGUACACUGUGCCGUGGGAGUGAGCCGAUCUGCUACGCUGGUGCUGGCCUACCUCAUGCUGUACCAUCACCUCACCCUCGUGGAGGCCAUCAAGAAAGUCAAGGACCACCGAGGCAUCAUCCCCAACCGGGGCUUCUUGAGACAGCUCCUGGCCCUGGACCGCAGGCUGCGGCAGGGUCUGGAGGCCUGA